UAGACUGAGCAGAUAGCAGUGUGUCCUGGGAGUUCCUUCAUUCCCCAUCUGAGAGAGCUGUGUACUCAGGCAGACACCAACAUCCUUCUCCUGAAAUACUCCAAUCCGGGGGAAAAGACAAAAAAAUACACACCAGGAUAAAAAUGAAACUCCUCCUUUUAGCUGCAAGUCUCGCUCUCUUGGUAGUUCCAGGGAUGGCUCUGAGAUGUUUCAAGUGUGCAGUCAGCACCUCUAUCUGCGUCUCCAGAGUGACCUGCGAUGAGAAUGAACUGUGUUAUUCCCGAAACCGGACUGCACUGGGUGUGACAGUCUAUUCCUCAGGAUGUACAGAGAAGACGAAGUGUGGCCAGGAGGUGACCGAUACUGUCGCUGGGAUCAGCUACACCAUGAUGACAAACUGUUGUGAUGUUGAUUACUGUAACAGCGCUGCAGGGCUGCAGCUCUCCCUCCUCAGCUUGGCUCCUGCUCUCAUCGCCUGGGUAACCCGAAUUCUGUAACGCGAGGAACGCAGACAGGCCAUGGGGCAGAGCCCACAUUCCCCUCCCCCCCCCUGACCCCAGCAUCCUGUCCUCCCUACCAACCCCCGCCCUCGCACUCGCCCACUCUCCUUCUCACUUUCCAUUCUGGUCCUUUCUCUUUCGGCUUGUGGUUCUCUGUCUCUGUCCGCCAUCUCCCUCUCCCCCCCACCCCAUCUCUCCCACCCUCCCUUUCCCCCCCAAUUCUCCCCCCCUUCUCUCCCCCACUCUCUUCCCCCCUCCCUCUCUUCCCCCCUCCCUCUCUUCCUCCCUCCCUCUCCCCCCUCCCUCUCUCUCUCUCUCUCCCACUCUCCCACCUCUCCCCACACCUCUCUCUCCCUCUCUCACCCCUCCCUCUCUCCCACCUCUCUCUCUCCCCCCUGUCUCCCCUGUCCCCCCACCUCUCUCCCCACACACGCUCUCCCCCUCUCCCCCCACCUCUCUAACCCCACCUGUCUCCUCCCUCUCUUCCCCCCCCCCCCUCCCUUCUCUCCCCCCGGCUCUCUCUCUCUCCCCAUGUAUCCCAGCUCUCCAGUGAGAACUCUCUGGGAAAACCUGCUGCUGUUGAGUCUCCCUCAGCACUGGCACCUUGGCUCUCUCUCUGAAUAGGUUUCGUGUUUUUUAUUAAACACACCAUUUUUAAUUUUGAGAGAAAAGUUAACAUGCGCACAUUCUGCAAUUAAUAGGUACAGCUAAACUUCAGGUUCUUGUUUUUAACGGAUGUGUGAAUCUGCCUGAAUAUGUCCGUGUGUGUCCGUGUGCACCCAUGUGGAUAUGUGUAACAUUACACAUGGUUCUGUGUGUGUGUGUGGUGUGUCUGUGUACGUGUGUGUGUGUACGUGUGUGUGUGUGUACGUGUGUGUGUGUGUACGUGUGUGCGUGUGUACGUGUGUGUGUGUGUGUGUGUGUGUGUGUAGACAGCGAUGAAUGGGGGAAUGGGAUGAUCCCACACUGGGAGACGGUGUGCGUUGCAACGUCAGACCCCUCACAGAGAGCAUGAUGUGUUUUGGAUCUGUGUACAAUAACAAAACGGACGAUUAAAAGAUUCCCAGAGAAA